CUCUUCGUUGUUUUUGUUUCUUGUGUAAACAAUCUUUGAAAGAAGAGAUGUCUGGACGUGGAAAAGGUGGAAAAAUCAAGGGAAAGGCGAAGUCUCGUUCUAAUAGAGCAGGCUUGCAAUUCCCCGUUGGUCGUAUUCAUAGACUGCUUCGUAAAGGAAAUUACGCAGAACGCGUUGGUGCUGGUGCACCUGUUUACUUGGCGGCCGUAAUGGAAUAUUUGGCUGCUGAAGUUUUGGAAUUGGCUGGUAAUGCAGCCAGAGACAACAAGAAGACUAGGAUUAUUCCAAGACACUUGCAACUUGCCAUCAGGAAUGACGAAGAGUUAAAUAAACUCUUGUCUGGAGUCACUAUCGCCCAAGGUGGUGUUUUGCCAAAUAUCCAAGCGGUACUGUUACCUAAGAAAACUGAGAAAAAGGCAUAAGCUGCUUUUUCUCAC